CAACAAGGACACAUCAAAGGUACCACCACCCAAAUCGAAGAUGAGGACGUUGCGCUCACCCUCGGUCUUCUUAUCCAAACCGUAAGCAAUAGCAGCAGCGGUAGGUUCGUUGAUGAUACGCUGAACGUUCAAACCGGCAAUGAGACCGGCGUCCUUGGUAGCCUGACGCUGGGAAUCGUUGAAGUAGGCGGGAACGGUGACGACAGCGUUCUUGACUUCAGUGCCAAGGUAAGCUUCGGCGGUUUCACGCAUCUUGAGGAGGACCAUGGAAGAGAUUUCUUCAGGGGUGAAGGUCUUGGUCUCUCCCUUGUAUUCGACCUGGAUGAUGGGCUUGCUCUCACGGUCGAUGACCUUGAAAGACCAGUGCUUCAUAUCCGACUGGACUUCAGCAUCGGCGAAACGACGACCGAUAAGACGCUUGGCAUCGAACACGGUGUUGUAAGGGUUCAUGGCGACCUGGUUCUUGGCGGCAUCACCAAUCAAACGUUCGGAAUCGGUGAAACCGACAUACGAAG